AGUGACGCAGCGCGCGACUCGCCCCUGCUCUUCAGUUCUGGAAACCCCAAGCGCGCGGACCUGCCAACGCCCGGCGCAGAGAAACAAACAGAAAGGAUACGAUCUUGAAUGAGAACAGUGGACUUGUAAAAGCACAGCUAUGCAGACGAUCAAGUGCGUCGUUGUUGGUGAUGGUGCAGUGGGUAAAACCUGUCUAUUAAUCUCCUAUACAACUAAUAAAUUCCCCUCCGAAUAUGUACCAACGGUCUUUGAUAACUAUGCAGUUACGGUUAUGAUUGGUGGUGAGCCGUACACCCUUGGGCUGUUUGAUACCGCAGGUCAGGAAGAUUACGAUAGAUUACGACCCCUGAGCUACCCUCAGACAGAUGUCUUCUUAGUCUGUUUCUCAGUUGUUUCACCUUCUUCGUUUGAAAACGUCAAAGAAAAGUGGGUACCUGAGAUCACCCACCACUGUCCAAAGACCCCCUUCCUGCUGGUGGGGACACAGAUUGAUCUGAGAGAUGACCCUUCUACCAUUGAGAAGCUUGCCAAGAACAAACAGAAACCCAUCACUCCGGAGACGGCAGAGAAGCUGGCCCGCGAUCUGAAGGCUGUCAAAUAUGUGGAGUGCUCCGCUCUGACACAGAAAGGCCUAAAGAACGUAUUUGAUGAGGCGAUUUUGGCAGCCCUGGAGCCUCCAGAGCCCAAGAAGAAGCGUAAAUGUGUUCUGCUAUGAGCGCCCCGUUUCCCAUCUCCCCCUCCCUUCUUUGCUCUGCUAAGGCUGGUCCACAGCUUUACACUUUAAAAAGCAAUGUGUAAAAGAAGUGAGAUUCAAUAUUUGCUCUGCAAUAAAAAUAUAGAGUACCCACCAUACACGUAUACAUAUACACAUGACAAACACACAACCCACAUGCACAUUAAUAUAAAAACCUAGAGGGCCUUUUCUAGUUUUGAUUCCAGGAGUCUGUCUUCUGUACUUCAUGGUGAGAUUUAGAGAUGCUGCCUUGGUUUGCCAGCUGAAUUUUGACAUCUAAGUGGGUUAAUGUAACACAUACGGUAAUAAUGCUUUGCAUUCACUAGAUUCAGGUUGUAUCAAUUUCCAUUGUGCUGUGCAAGUGUUUUGUGCGGCUUUCAAAAUGGCGACGGAAUCACUCUGACCUGGUCUGAAACGUCACUAGCCCAAGAAAUAAAACUAAAAUUAUUUUACUCCGAGACGCGUUCGCAAUUCUGCCGUAAUCCCUUGAACAACAUCACCUGAAGUGCUUAGAAAUAGCUCCUUAUUCUUUUGCCAAUACUCCCAUUUAAUAGGCAUUCGACACAAAAGCCCUGUGAAUGGUUCGGUUAUUUUGCGUGGAUGACUCCAUAUUUAAAGGAAAUUGGUCUAUCUCAAGCAGGGAUCUUUCUAACAGUGUUAGCAGAACAUGUGGCGUGUUCUAAUGCGUUGCUAGGGACCAUGAAAGCGUUUUUUUUUUUUGUUUUUUCAGAACUUGUGAUGCAUGUUUGUAAGCCUCCAGGUUCCUUUGGAUAGGUUAACAUUAAAUAAUAAUAAUGUAAGCUGACAAAAGAUGUUGUAGGCUCCAGUUGUUUUUAUUUUACCAAAUGUUUUGUUUUUCCUUUGUGAUUUAUUUUUUAUUUUUUUUGUUUUAUCAAAGGUUAAUUUCACUCCUUUUGUUCAGUGGCUGGAUCCCAGCGAUUCUCUGAUCCACCUGUGUUUUUUUUUUUAUAUUAUUUUUUUAUUAAGCAUGCAACAGUUUAUGUGGUCGUGCAAGAUGACCUCUCUCACAGACAUUAAACACUCAACAGAACCAAGUUUAAUAGUUCAACACAGGUGGAUCAAAAUUGGUGUGAUUUCCAGUCUCUCCCCUCCCUAGUUACGUGUUUGUUUUGUUUUUGUUUGGUGGAAACCAAAUGCUGUGUAUGAAGUCUCUCCUUUGUACUGUAUAUGCAUUCUUUUGAGAAAAAAAAAUAUUAAACUUAUACCUUAAUUGCCUUUA